CAUCCAUCGUCGACGACCACCGGAGAUCAGAGUCACCGUACCAAAACUUCAUUUGCCUUCUUAAAGAUUUGUUUUAUAAUCAAUCAAUUGAAUCGGAAUAAAUACCUCAACAGAAAUGAGUAACGAGCUUCUCACCAUCGAUCCUGUCGACCUUCAAUUCCCUUUUGAAUUGAAGAAGCAGAUCUCUUGUUCUCUCUAUUUGGGUAACAAGACCGAUAAUUAUGUCGCCUUCAAGGUUAAGACGACGAAUCCAAAGAAGUACUGCGUUAGGCCUAAUACUGGUGUUGUUCAUCCCAGAUCCUCUUCUGAAGUUUUAGUGACCAUGCAAGCUCAAAAGGAAGCUCCCGCUGAUAUGCAGUGUAAAGAUAAGUUCUUGCUUCAAUGUGUAGUAGCUAGUCCCGGAGCCACCCCCAAGGAUGUUACUCAUGAGAUGUUUAGCAAAGAGGCAGGGCAUCGAGUCGAAGAGACUAAAUUGAGAGUUAUCUAUGUUGCUCCACCACGACCACCAUCACCGGUUCGAGAAGGAUCUGAAGAGGGCUCUUCACCAAGGGCUUCUGUCUCUGAUAAUGGGAAUGCUUCUGAUUUUACUGCUGCUCCAAGAUUUAGCGCGGACAGGGUUGAUGCUCAGGAUAACUCAUCUGAGGCAAGAGCAUUGGUCACAAGACUCACCGAGGAAAAGAACUCUGCGGUUCAACUGAACAACAGGCUUCAACAAGAAUUGGACCAGUUGAAGCGUGAAAGCAAGAGAAGUCAGAGUGGUGGAAUCCCGUUCAUGUACGUUCUUCUGGUCGGACUAAUCGCAAUGGCGUCUUUUGCUGAACUUGUUUUAUCAACUUCUCGCUGUACAUGCCCUUGCCGUUCAUUCUCUAAAAAACCCUUAAUUCUUCCCCCUUUAUCUGGUCUGCGUCUCGUCGGUGGUGAUACCAAACCAUUGUUUCGUUCCGGCCUUGGUCCGGUUUCUGUUAAACGGCGUUUCCUCACUGCCGUUGCUCGAGCUGAAUCAGACCAGCUUGGUGAUGAUGACAACGCAAAGGGAAUUGAUAGAAUCCAUGACUUGCAAAAUGUGGAAGAUAAGCAGAAGAAAGCAAGCCAGCUUAAGAAAAGAGUGAUCUUUGGUAUUGGCAUUGGAUUACCUGUUGGAUGUGUUGUGUUAGCUGGAGGAUGGGUUUUCACUGUAGCCUUAGCAGCUUCUGUUUUUAUCGGUUCCCGCGAAUAUUUCGAGCUCGUUAGAAGUAGAGGCAUAGCUAAAGGAAUGACACCUCCUCCACGAUAUGUAUCUCGAGUUUGCUCAGUUAUAUGUGCCCUUAUGCCCAUACUUACACUGUACUUUGGUAACAUUGAUAUAUUGGUGACAUCCGCAGCAUUUCUGGUUGCAAUAGCAUUGUUAGUACAGAGAGGAUCCCCACGUUUUGCUCAACUGAGUAGUACAAUGUUUGGUCUAUUUUACUGUGGUUAUCUCCCUUGUUUCUGGGUUAAGCUUCGCUGUGGUUUAGCUGCUCCUGCGCUUAACACUGGUAUUGGAAGGACAUGGCCAAUUCUUCUUGGUGGUCAAGCUCAUUGGACAGUUGGACUUGUGGCAACAUUGAUUUCUUUUAGCGGUGUAAUUGCGACGGACACAUUUGCUUUUCUCGGUGGCAAGGCUUUUGGUAGGACACCCCUUACUAGUAUUAGUCCCAAAAAGACAUGGGAGGGGACUAUUGUAGGACUUGUUGGUUGUAUAGCCAUAACCAUUCUACUCUCUAGAUCUCUUAGUUGGCCUCAAUCUCUGUUCAGCUCAAUAGCUUUUGGGUUUCUUAACUUCUUUGGGUCAGUCUUUGGUGAUCUUACUGAAUCAAUGAUCAAGCGUGAUGCCGGCGUCAAAGACUCUGGUUCACUCAUCCCAGGACACGGUGGAAUAUUAGAUAGAGUUGAUAGUUACAUUUUCACCGGUGCACUAGCUUAUUCAUUCAUCAAAACAUCCCUAAGACUUUAUGGAGUUCGAUGAUCUACCGGAAAUACCAUAGCUUCAGGAAACUUACAAGCAUUUCCACGAUAAAAUCCGGCAAUGUAGCUGUGAAACAAAUGGUGCAGUGUUCACUGUUGUUACCUUUGAAAGAUGCAGAGGACUAGGAGGUGAAAGCAGAGCCGGUAUGUUGCUUCUUGGUACGAUGUAACAAUCGGUUUGCGUUUGGUUUAUGUUUGAUAGUUGACCCAAAAGGGCAGUCUUUUGGGGUGCAUAAUUUGGUAGUCAUACGAAUUAUUAUUUUCAUCUUUUAAUUUUUAGAUAAAUUAUAAGCUCCUUAGGAACUCUUUCUUCUUAUGGAAAAUGUAUAAAGUUUGACUUUAUUA